AUGAUCAAGUUCUCUGAUCACAUUGCCUGGCAGUCCGUCAGGGUCUCCGAGACUUCCAACAACAUCUGCCAUGUCUUGGUCUUGUCCAGCAAAUCUGUUGCGUGCUUCUCUGUUCCAAUCCUCCCCCUCUUCCUCUAUGCAGUUCUGGCUGAGAAGAACCACGCAAUCGGCAGCCGUGCUCUCCAAAGAGGUAUUACCUGGUCUGGUGUUACUCUCAUUGCCUUCGCUGCAGCAUCUGUCGCUGCUGUGGAUGUGGCCCUAUUCAUUGCUGGUCAUUACGCAAAUCAGUUCAAGGCUAUCUUCAACGAAAACGUUCUGCGUCCAAUCGUCCUCCCUGUGAUCAAUCAAGCCACUGACCUCUACACCACCACUCGCAACAAAGUCGCCGCAUCUCCAGAUACCGCCAAAAGCUAUCUACGCAGGCUGCUGAAGGAUGAGACGAAGAUGCAACAAGUUUUCGAGAUUUUCUCUAUCAUUUCGGUUACUGUGUUCAUUUUGUCGUCGCUGUACUUACAGCUCUCGUUUUCUGGUCUGCUCUCUCAGGAUGAUCUACAUCACGUCUUCAGAACCUAUCUCGUCUCCAUUUCGUCUCUUGGUUGUCUGAUGUACAUUCUCUAUCUCUGUCAUACAGCCCUUGUCCAAAGCUAUGGCGCGGACUAUCUUCGCCAGACAGCUGGAUUCUACUGGCUACGUCUUACCACGAUGGCAGGUCUGGACGAGCCCGAAUCCUCUAUCCCUCAGACUCCGAAUGGUGAUAUUUUUCUUCCCCGUGAAGAAGAGCUGCCUGGCUCAGAAGAGCUUCUCAUCUUGCAUCUCAGAAGUCAACAGGAGUUUGACUUCACCAACAAGUACGAUCUUGUCGCUCUUUUCAGAGGUCUUUCAGACGACCUCUCCAUCAAGCUUCCCGAGCUUGUAAACACUGAGUCUGUGACUAUCAUGCCUCCAGAGUACAUUACCGCUUACGACAGUGAAAUUGUGGGUGUUGGUGGUAUGAUUGAAUUCUUCGUGACCAAGCAGCAAAGAACGAUCGGAUACUUCAGUCUCAUGUUCGUCCCCUCAAAACACGGAGUUGUGGAUCUUCAGGCAGAGGACUAG